AUGAACCUCUUAGCCCGCGAAAUGGCGGUCAUCCAAAAAGCCCACAGCCUAAACCUCAACAUUGCACUCAACAUCCCCAACCUCGAAGGCUGCGAUUUCAACCAGCUAGUCAACGAGAUCGGCUACAUGCGCUUCUUCCAAAAGAUGCAAGCCCUAAGCCACAAUCUCGUCAACAAAUGUGUCAUGGAAGAGCUUUGGGCGAUCUUGACCAGAGCCAAGGCUUUAGAAAAAUGGGGCGUGAAGUCGAUUAAGGAGAGUAAGCUUGCGGAUAAGAGGUUGGUUAGGAGUAAGAUGUCGGAGAUGGAGAUGGCUUGUAUUGAUUCAUGGGCCGAGGUACGAUGUUCUUGAUGAGAUGGGGCCAGAGGAGGGAGGAAGGCAGAACAGGCUGAUAAUCUCUAGAUCUUUAAGGGUGGAAAGGGUUAUGCUAGGUACCGGGAUAGUAAUCGUCCUCAGAUGGUAAGAAAGCUUGUUCUGUUGACUUCUCCGAUAUUAUUAGUUGCUGAGGCUAACUUAGUCUGGACUUCAGGAAACUCAUCACGUCGAGAUUGAGGCGUGGUGGGACAAAAUCAAGGAUGAUGCUUAUAAGCGAGGUAUCGUAAUCAACAACACUGUAGGUACAUCUCAUCUAAUGGUGACUGUCUUCUGGUUGAUACUGGGCAAUUCUGAUUUCAUUUUUCCAUAGUGGGUCUUCAAUGCGACAUACCAUCUCGACCCCGAUCAGAAUCGAGAUCUGCAGGAGCAUGCACUGUAUUCUAAGGCUGCUAGUCGUGUCUCUGAGGAGGAGAAGGUCACUGAGGCUUUGGAAAAAUUGGGAGUCCGGGCUUAA